UCUGUCGCACAACAGUAAGCGACGUUAUUAUUCUUCAGCAUCCCUGCAGUCAAGAUGGUAAUGCAAUAAUAUGUGAAGUUGAACCCAUGUAAAUCUAAGUGUAUUGAUUUUCUACGUAAAGACUCCUUUAGACCAACUGAUAAACAGGGUUAUUCUUUCAGAAAUUCCGUCAAGUUAUACACAUUUACACCUGUUCAGUUACAUGGUCUAUAUGCUAAGCUAGAAGAAGAGGUCUGCUACUCUUUGUUUUGGGAAAACAAAUCUAUCAGAAUGUCCUCAAUGGAGACGGAGAAGGGUGAUAAUGGCGGUGAAGAAGCCGAGACGGACGUCAUUGUGAAAGCCUGUGCCCUGAGCGGCUUCAGUGAGACCAGCGAAACCAGGACUCUGAUCUCGCGUCUCCCGGAGGUCCACGCUGACUCGGCAGGACGCGAGUCCACGACCGAGCGGUUCUUAGUGAUUAUGAACGGAUAUCAAGAGCAGCCUCAUCUGCUGGAUCCACAUCUAGAAUGGAUGCUGAACAUGUUGUUGGAUAUUGCAAGGAGUGAAAAAUCUCCACUUUCAUUGGUUCACUUGAGCUUCAAAUUUCUCUACAUCAUCUGUAAGGUUAGAGGCUAUAAAAUCUUCGUUCAGCUUUUUCCUCAUGAGGUGUCUGACGUCCAGCCAGUUCUGGAGCUGUUAUCCAGACAGGAUCCCAGCGACUCAGAGACUUGGGAAACUCGCUACAUGUUGUUGUUGUGGCUGUCCAUGACUUGCCUCAUUCCAUUCAACCUUUCUCUCCUGGAUGGCCAUCUGGAGUCAGAUUGUGGUAAAGCCAAAGAGCCCAUCAUGGACCAAAUUCUGGCUAUUGCAAAGUUAUAUCUAGCUGUUAAUGACUCUCCCAGGGAUGCCGCAACUGUACUGGUAUCAAAGUUUAUGACACGCCCUGACAUGAAGCAGAAACGCCUCGGAGACUUUCUGGAUUGGAACCUCAACACCAUAUCCCAGACGAACGGCGGUUCAUUUGGAGACAUUCAGGUCCUGAAUGGGGCUCUGCAGUCCCUGGCAAAACUCUUCAAACAUGGAAAACGAGAUGACCUCUUACAGUACGCCCCCCCAGUUCUGCACUGUGUGGAGGAGAAACAUCUGGCGGAGAGCAGCGAGGCCAUGCUGCGGAAGCUCGAUGUCAAACUAACCCAGAGGCUUGCCCUCACGUUCCUGAAGCCGCGUUUGGCUUCCUGGAGGUACCAGAGGGGCAGCCGCUCUCUUGCAACAAACCUUUCCAUGUCGCAAUCUGCUGGAGAUGCUGAGGCUGUGACUGCAGAGAUGGAGAAGCAACCAGAAGAGGAGGACUAUGACAUUCCUGAGGAGGUGGAAACUGUCAUCGAGCAUCUGCUCGUUGGACUGAAAGAUAAGGAAACAAUUGUGCGUUGGUCUGCAGCAAAGGGCAUUGGGAGGGUGACUGGGAGGCUCCCUCGGGAGCUGGCAGAUGAGGUGGUUGGAUCAGUACUGGACUGCUUCAGUUUUCAUGAAACAGACAAUUCUUGGCACGGAGGCUGCCUGGCACUGGCAGAGCUGGGUAGAAGAGGACUGCUGCUGCCCUCCAGACUGCCUGACGUUGUUCCAAUUAUUAUCAAGUCCCUGACCUACGAGGAGAAGAGGGGGGCUUGUAGUGUUGGCGCCAAUGUUCGAGACGCUGCCUGCUACGUGUGCUGGGCUUUCGCCAGGGCGUACGAACCCAGGGAGCUCAAUCCUUAUGUCACAGAGAUUGCGAGUGCUUUGCUGAUCACAGCUGUGUUCGAUCGAAAUGUCAGCUGCCGCAGAGCUGCUUCUGCUGCCUUCCAAGAGAAUGUCGGCAGGCAGGGCACAUUCCCUCAUGGUAUUGACAUCUUAACAGCUGCAGAUUACUAUGCUGUAGGAAAUCUCAGCAACUGCUAUCUAAGCAUCAGUGUCCACGUAGCUGGUUUUCCAGAGUACACCGAAUGCAUGAUCAAUCAUUUGAUCACCAAGAAGAUCAAUCACUGGGAUGGCGUGAUCCGAGAGCUCGCCACUAAAGCGCUCCACAACCUGACGCCUCAGGCGCCUGAUUACAUGGCAGCAACAGUUUUGCCGCAGCUGUUGAGCAUGGCUGUCAGCACCGACCUCCACAGUCGCCAUGGAGCCAUCCUGGGCUGUGGAGAGGUCACUCAUGCACUGUACAAACUGGGUCUCCAGGAUAACAGGACAUUGUUGGACAUGAUUUCUCCAGAAUGUGUGGACGCAUUAAAGAACAUUCACUACACACUACAGGAAAGGAAACAGUACAGGGGUUUUGGCGGAGCACUAAUGAGACCUGCAAUUUGCAGUGUAAUACAAAAGCUGUCGCUGUCCAAAAUGCCUCUCAAGAGCGACCCCGUUAUCAGUGGCUGGCAGUGGAUUAUUGACGACACCAUACAGACUCUUCAUCUUUUUGCGACUGGAGCAAAGGACAUAAUUGUUGCAGUUGUGUCAGCUUUAACGGCUUUAUGUGAGGAGUACUACCAAGACGAGACAGGCCAGGCCGAUUCUCACAUGCAAGAUGUCCUGGUAUCUCAGUACAUCGAAGGGCUGAAGAGUCCACAGAUGCUCACUCAGAGCGGAUCUGCCCUUGCCCUCGGCUGUCUACCGGAAUUUAUGAUCCGUGGCAAAUUGAAGCAGAUCUUGGAAGGCCUUCAGCAGAUGUGCAUUGUCAGCCAGAAAGAGGGGACUUUCACUGAUGCGAGGAGAGACGCAGUCAGAUCAAUCGCUCAAGUGUGUGUGAAGGCAGGUGUUUGCACCGACGGCGCCCCCGACUCUGCUCUGUGCUCGGAGAACAUAGCUGAGGUGUUCAGUGUUCUGCUCAGCUGUCUCAACGACUACACAACCAACAACCGUGGGGAUGUGGGAGCCCAGGUACGAGAGGCUGCGAUGACGAGUGUGAUGGAACUCACCAUGUUGGUGUCCAGCAAUGGUCCAGACAUACUUUCUCCAGACCUGGUGAAGCCUGUGAUGUGCUGUCUAGCUCAGCAGGCUGCAGAGAAGAUCGACCGGUACCGGGCACAUGCUGGUAACAUCUUCCUGAAACUGCUGCACAGCACCGAGCCUGCAGUACCUCACAUUCCCCACCGGAAGGAGCUGUUGGCAAUCCUACCUGUUGAGACCAUAACUACACUAAACUGGAACGCUCCAUCCCAAGCUUUCAAAUACAUUGCACAACUGCUUGGAUUGCCUGAGUAUCAGUACCACACCCUCCUGGGGCUCUCGGUGUCUGUGGGAGGAAUCACAGAGUCCACAGUGCACUUUUCCUCCCACUCACUGUUUGAUUUCAUGAGAGGGAUCCAAAAUGACAGCGCUGCUCUGACAAAGUUUGCCGAUACUUUGCUGAGCGUCCUCAGAGACAAUGUUCAAAAUGUCAGGGUGUCUAUUCCUUUCCUCAAGAUGCUCAAUCAGAUGCUCGAUAACGGCUGCUUUGAAAUUUUCACCACACAAGAAGAUCAUCAGUUCUGUCUGGAUCUUUUGGAUCUUUGCAAUGAGUUCAGGAAGUCCAAAGAUGUUCCCAAGCUGCAUGCCUGCAUAGCUGUUUUCUGCGGGCUCAUCCAGUUCCGGGGUCAGGUGAGGCAGAAGGUUUUGUCCCUGCUGCUGCUGUUACUCUGCCAUCGGUACCCUGUGAUAAGAAAGAGCACGGCCAGCCAGAUGUAUGAGAUGCUUGCGAUUUACGAUGAUGUCGUUGAUCCAGAGGUGUAUGAUGAUGUCAUGACCUUGCUAAGUGAUACUAAUUGGGAGGAUGACCUCGCUACUAUCAAAACGCAUAGGAAUCAGCUUUGUGAUUGGAUAGGAGUGCCCAGGCCACAGCUGGUUGCCAAGCAGAGGCCCGUCCAGGAUUCCUGAACACUGGCAGCUGCGUAAAAGCAGCAGGAACUGACGGAUAACAUCCGGCAGUAAUUAUUAACGGACUCUGAGACCUAUUCCUCUGAAGCCGCCCGUGUGCCAGAAAACCACAUCAGCCAAUUCAAAAGAUAAUAAAUUAAAAAUUCA